UCAGAUUCUCUUCAUACUUCACAAUAUUGUAAAAAAUAAAUAAAAACAAAGAACUUCAUAACAUAAUUCUUAAAAAAAUUGUGAAGUCAAUAUAAUAUAUACCUGCAAAUAUGGAGUUCCCUUCACUUGGAGAACACUGCCAGAAUUCAACAUGUAAUCAGGUAGACUUUCUGCCGCUUCAGUGCAAAUGUGGUAUGGUGUUUUGCCGAGUACAUUUUACCGAGCACUGUGUUUCUGGAGACUGUGAGUUAGCGCCGAAGCCCCGUGAUAUUAAUUUACAAAGUGACGAUCAAAUAUAUCGAUGUUCAGAAAGUGGUUGCAGAAAAGGAAAUCUGCACGAAAUGCUUUGUAAUAAAUGCCAUAAACAUUACUGUAUUGAACAUAGGUUUCAUCCUUCUUGUCCAGAAAUUGAUGAUGAAACAAUGGCUGCUAAAAUAGAACAGUUUGAGGCUCCAAGGAGACAGUUUCAAGAAGCUAAUAAGCACCUUCAAGAUAAGAUAACAGAAAAUAUUAGGAAAGCACUGCAAUCGUCAGCAAAGGUGAAAACUGCAUCAAAAAUUCACUUGAUGAGGAUUAAACAGAAAGCACUUGGUCCAAAAUCGGUAUCAACAGCAGAUAGAGUUUAUUUUGCUAUCAAAAAACCAGCUAAUUAUCAAGCUAAAAAUGUUAAAAUUAUUUCAGACAUAGAUAAUAUAAUGCAAAUUGAAUCUGUUACACUGGAUCCCGAUUUAAAAGAUACGGUACCUGUGUUUAUUUCAACAAAAUGGAGCCUUGGACGUGCUAUAGAUUCUAUUUGCGAUAGCUGUAAUAUUAAAAAUGAAAAUAAUAAAAUGGGCGAUACGAAAUUGAGGUUGUUCAGACAACUGGAUGGUUAUUGUAUAAGUCCUUUGAAAAUGGAUGUAAAUAUCUCUGAAUUGUUGAGUACGGAGGUUUUAUUGGAAGGUGAUAAGCUAGUGAUUGAAUAUAUUGACAGUGAUGUGAUAAUUAGUUUAAACGAAACAGCACAGAUUUUUUUACUUGAUUUAUGUUAAAAUUAUUAAAAGUUUAUGACUGAAU